UCUAUUUUGCAACUACAGGUCUUAAUCGAGUUACCAUAUAUUUUUGUUCAAUCUGCUGUGUAUGGCAUUAUAGUCUAUGCAAUGAUCGGAUUUGAAUGGACCGCUGCUAAGUUCUUCUGGUAUCUGUUCAUUAUGUACUUCACCUUGCUGUACUUUACAUUCUAUGGCAUGAUGGCUGUGGCUGUCACACCAAACCACCACAUUGCAGCGAUAGUUUCCUCAGCAUUCUAUGGAAUAUGGAAUCUUUUUUCAGGAUUCAUCAUCCCACGACCUAGUAUUCCGGUGUGGUGGAGAUGGUAUUAUUGGGUAUGUCCAGUAUCUUGGACCUUGUAUGGAUUGGUUGUUUCACAAUUUGGAGAUAUACAGGACAUCCUCGAGGAUAGCAGCAAUGGUGAGACAGUUGAGCAAUACUUGAGAAAUGCCUAUGACUUCAAACAUGACUUUCUGGGGGUGGUUGCAGCUGUAAUUCUUGGGUUCACAGUACUCUUUGGAGCAAUCUUUACCGUUUCCAUAAAGGUGUUUAAUUUCCAAAGACGAUAGAAUUGUUUUUUUUUUUUUUGUUUUAUUAUUCUUUAUCCUCAAUGUAGAGUGUUUAAAGAUCCAUCCUAGUAAUGCUAGAGUAUUAUAAGGAAAGGAGCAAGUAAAAGUUCCCGUUCCUAUAUGUUACAUUCCUAUAAAAAAUCUAAUGACAUUUGAAUUUUUAUACACAAUGUAUUACAAAGUUACAAAUUCUUUCAUUGUAAUUGAGAUUUUGUUGUAUGUAACUAUGAAUCAAUAAAUAAACUCUUUAAUUGAGAUGAGCCAAA